CUAUGGGUUCUUUGUUUCAUAUGGUGUUCAAAGCAGCUAUAGAGCUUAAUCUGCUUGAGAUCAUGGCUAAAGCUGGUCCAGAAAAGCAACUUUCAGCUUUAGAGAUUGCAGCUUUGCUUCCAACACAGAACCCAGAUGCCCCUGCUAUGCUUGAUCGUAUAUUGUGUUUCUUGGCCAGCUAUGAAAUAGUCACUUGCUCUCAGGUGAUCUCUGGUGGUGAUGAUGAUGGUCAAGUUCAAAGGUUGUAUGGUUUAGCACGUGUUUGCAAAUACUUUGUUUCAAACCAAUAUGGAGUUUCCAUGUCUCCUUUACUUCUCAUGAUUCAUCACAAAGCUUGCAUGGAAAGCUGGUACUACUUGAAAGAUGCAGUUCUUGAAGGAGGAAUUCCUUUUAAUAAGGCUCAUGGAAUGGAAAUCUAUGAGUAUCUUGGUGUGGAUCCAAGUUUCAAUGAAGUUUUCAAUAAUACAAUGUUUAACCUCUCCAUUACACUUAUGAAGGGAAUACUUGAGAUUUAUGAAGGGUUUGAGAAGGCUAAUGUGGUGGUUGAUGUGGGUGGUGGAUUAGGGGAAAAUCUUGAUUUGAUUACUUCUAAAUAUCCCAUGAUUAAGGGUAUUAACUUUGAUUUGCCACAUGUGAUAGCUGCUGCUCCUGCUUAUCCUGGGGUGGAGCAUGUUGCAGGGAAUAUGUUUAUGAGUGUUCCAAAAGGGGACAUCAUUUUUAUGAAGAUGAUACUUCAUAACUGGAGUGAUGACCAUUGCUUGAGGUUAUUGAAGAAGUGUUACUAAGCAUUACCAGAAGAUGGAAAGGUGGUAGUUGUAGAGACAAUUCUUCCAGCGGUCCCUAAAACUAAUUUUCUGACCAAAAAUGUCUUUGGAUUGGACUUGCUCAUGAUGACUCAACAAGUUGGAGGAAAGGAGAG